ACAUCAGGUUCUGUCUCCCAAAUACUCGACCACCACAGAGCCGCUGGUCUCACUGUAAACAUACGCCACUCUCGCUCUGCUUUACGGUUCAUCGGAUACGGCGUCUUCCUGGUUUCGUCAUCAGCGUUGUUUGUGAAGCGAAGCUACAUUCCCAAUACCAAACUUCGAGGCCCAAGCCUCCAUCUUUCCUUGGCUUCUCUCCAACCAUUGGUCCUGACUCUUCGUGAAAAGAGCUUCCUGGAGCAGUCGUUUGGUAGCAGAGCGACUCGUCCAUCUUCUCUCUCGCUUGUUCGGGUGAGGCAGAAGAACAAUGGAACCCCAAGACGAAGUCCAGUACUGCCCCUAUAGGACAAGUGCUGGAUAUGGUGAGGUCAAUACGGCGGACUACUCCAACGUACGGUACUAUGAGUUUUCGGAAUCAGAGAAUGACAACCAGCAGAACUAUGAGGACGAAGGGCCUCAUGGUCCACGCGCAACACAGCAGCCACCGCCAACUCUAACGUCUUCCAGCAAGAAGGCAAAGAAAAAGAGCAAGAAGGCGCGUGCUCCUUCACCUCUACCAUCUCCGCCAAACGACGCGCCAGCGCCUACCCAGGACAUCGUAGAUCCAGACGAGGAGUGGGGUUCGCAGCCAAAGUCAAAGAAGAAGAGCAAGAAGACGCAGCAGACACCAGCUCCAGCACUGCCUGUGGAGGAGCCCACGGCACCAGAGCCAACAACCAUCGAUGCAGAAGAAGAACCAGUGUCGACGACUAAAUCCAAAAAGAAGAAGGACAAGAAGAAAUCGAAGGCAGGAAAGGACAAAGAUUCUGACGCUGUCGAGGAGAAAGUCGUCAUCGCGCCUCCAGCAGCUGAAGCGCCUAACGAGCAAGUCGUCGAAGAGGAGAUAUCCGCUCCUAAGACCAAGGCGCAGAAGGCGAAGGACAAGAAGGAAAAGAAAGACAAGAAGAAGGAUAAGAAGAAAAGCAAAGGGAAGAAUGACGAUGCUGAGCACGAGGCUGACACUGCCGACAAGUCUCUGUCCGCACCUGCCGCAGAGCCAUCCUCACUGCCAGAUGUACCAGAUACUGAAACAACUCCAGAGGUGGCUGAGCCUUCUCCUUCGGCCUCUCCGGCUGGAGAUGACGAUGCAAAGGCUGCUGAAGAUGAGCCUCCCGCCUCUCCGGCUGGAGAUGACGAUGCAAAGGCUGCUGAAGAUGAGCCUCCCGCUACAACGGAAGUUAAGGAGGAAGCAGUCGCCGAUGCCCCAGUUCUGGACGAAGCCCCAUCGCACCCUCCAUCAGUGUCUGGGAACGAGACGGUAGAGGCCGACAAGGAACCCUCAGUCGACGAGGCAGCCAACGACGAGGCGACCGCCGCUCCUGAGAAGUCAUCGGCUGUUGAUGAUAAGGCCGCUUCAGGCGCCUCGGAAACGCUCGCCCCUGUGGCUGUCGCUGUGAGCGAAGAGCCUGCACCGCCAGCUGAGGCUGCCCUUGCACAGGAACAGGAGCCGUCAUCGGAGGCGCUGGUUGUUGAAGAAGCGAAAAACGACGACCCGGCCGCUCCAGCAGAUGAUCACAGCAAUCCGAAACCAUCAGAAGAGCUAGCCGCUCCAGAGUUGGUUGUGGAAGUUGCGUCCAACGAUACCGCCCCGCCUGCAGUCGAGGCUGGCACUGAACCUAACACCGAGCCUGCUGUCGAGCCAGCACUGGAGUCUGCCGUUGAGCCAGCUCCUGAAGCUGCUGCCGAACCUCCCGCUGAGCCUCCCACUGAAACUCCCGCUGAACCUGCCACUACGUCUGCGGCCGAGCCAGCUGUCGAAUCUGCUGCCGAGUCUGCCCUUGAGCUAGCUACUGAGCCUGCCGCCGAACCUACCGCUGAAGCUGCGGUCGAGCCAGCUUCGGAAUCUUCUUCUGAGCCUGCCGUUGAGCCUGCCGUUGAGCCUGCCCCUGAACCUGCCGACAAAUCUCCUGCCGCAUCUGCUGAGCCUGCGGUCGAACCAGCUUCUAAUUCUGCUGCCGAGCCAGCCCCUGAAGCUGCCGCUGAACCUCCUGCCGAACCUGCCGCCGGACCUGCCACUGCGUCUGCAGUCGAGCCAGCUUCUGAAUCUAUUGCUGAGCCUGCCCCUGAAUCUGCCGAGCCUGCGGUCGAGCCAGCAUCUGAAUCUGUUGCUGAAGCUGCCGAGCCUGCGGUCGAGCCAGCUUCUGAAUCUAUUGCUGAGCCUGCCGUUGAGCUCUCUCCUGAACCUGCCGCCAAACCUCCCGCCGAACCUGCUGCAGAACCUACGCUUGAGACAGCUUCUGAAUCUAUUACUGAGCCUGCCGCUGAGCCAGCCCCUAAAGCUGCCGCUGAAGCUGCCGAGCCUGCGAUCGAGCCAGUCUCUGCAUCUGUUGCUGAGCCUGCCGUUGAGCUAUCUCCCGAACCUCCCGCCGAACCUACUGCAGAACCCACGGCCGAGCCAGCUUCUGAAUCUGCUGCUGGGUCUGCCGUUGAGCUAGCUCCUGAGCCUGACGCUGCGCCUGCAGUCAUACCAGCUGCUGAAACAGCUGUAGAUUCAGCUCCUGAAUCAACUGCUGAGCCAGCUUCUGGACCUGCUGCCGAGUCUACCGUUGAUCCUGCGGUCGUGCCAGCUGCCGAGCCAGCUUCUGAGUCAGCUACUGAGCCUGCGGCCGAGCCACCUGCUGAAUCCGCUGUCGAGUCAUCUCUUGAGCCUGCUGAGGAACCCGCCACCAAGCUUGCUGUUGAGCCAAAUGACGAGUCUGUCAUUGAGCCAGAUGCUAAACCAGCGUCUGAACCAAAUGCCGAGCUAGUAGUCGAGUCAUCUACUGAGCCCACCGCCGAGCCAGCUACUGAACCUGCCGCUGGACCUGCCGUCGAGUCUGCCAAUGAGCCAGCCACGGACCCAGCUGUUGGAUCUGCUCCUGAGCCCGCCCUUGAGAAUGUUACCGAGGCAGUUGUUAAGCCUGCAAAAACUCAAGCCGAAAGCAGUGCAGAACAUGUUACAGAAUCUACUGAUGUUCCUGCAAUCGAGUCUUCUACCGAGGAAAUCGCCACCGAACCACCUGUUACGUCUCUUACCGAGUUGGCAUCUGAACCCGCCUCUGAGAUCACUACCGAGUCUGCCGCUGAAGUGGUUACCGAGUCUUCAAAAGAUACGAUUGAGUCUUCAAAAGAUACGAUUGAGCCUACUGCCGCACCUACUGCCGAGCCUUCAACAGAGCCCACCGCGGAACCGGCUACUGAGUCCGCCGUCGAGCCUUCUCCAGAGACAGCCCCAGAGGCUGCUGCUGAAUCUGCCGUUGAGCCCUCUACAUCAUGUUCUACGGAGGAUACUCCCGAGACCGUCACUGAAAAUACUAUCGAGCCUACAUCUGAGGCUACCCAUGUGCCCGCCACGGAGCUUGUCGCCGGAACUCCUGCUGGACCCUCUGUCGAGUCUUCUGCGGAGCCUGACGAUAAGCCUGCCACUGAAAGCACCGCAAAGGGUCCUGAUGGCGAAGACACCCUAGACCCCGUAGGAAAACAAGUGGCACCGGAUGCCUCGGCCGAGGGAGUUCAGACUGCUUCAAAGCAAACCUCCGACCCAGAAGAUGAAGCCAACGACGAGUUGGAUGCUCCUGAGGCGGAUGCAAGUUCCCCACCUCUUGCUGACACCUCCUCAGCCGAACCAGUCCCUACUGAGCUCGAAGGUAAUAAUGAUUCGGUGACAGCACCAAAUGAAGACAAGCCAAUCAAAGACGUACAGCAUGCUACCAGCGAGGAAGCCGCAGUCUUGGUCAGCGAGGCUAUCCCAUCAGACAUCGCUUCUCCAACCAAAUCUGACGAGACAGCGACCGCUGCCGGUGACGAGCAAUCGACCGAGGCAGCUACUUCGUCCGACGGCACACCGGUCGAAUUGAAGCAACAGGCAGGCGACGGAGAACCACCUCAGGUGCUACCGGCAGCACUAGCGUCAGAGCCAUUGCCCGACGAUAACCUUGCUGAUGAGGAUACUCUCAUACAAUCCCCAGACGCGAACAUGUCGGGUGUUGCUGAGAUUGGCCUCUCGGGCCAGAUGACUGAACAACCUGACGAAGGUGUCUUGGAGAAAACCCUUGAAGCGCCGCCUGAGGUAGCUGAACAGGUGCCAGCUGACAAGGGACAGCCUGACUUGGGCGCCUCUUCAGCUCAGACUGACACGGAUACUGGGGAGGUUCGGAGUACUAGCACAGCAAAAGCCGACGCACUGGAUGGACAGAUCACAGAAAUCCAGGAGAAUCCAGCCGAUCAAGAGUCUGUCACAGCGGACGAAACCCAACCCAUCGAGUUGGCGGGUGUCGCUCCAGAUGUCUCUUCGCCUGAAGAGUCGAAAUCGGAGUUGGAACCCUCCGAGAAUCCUGCAGCCGUGGUUGCCGAGGCCCCCUUGGCCGACAAAGCAAGUUUAACAGACGACACCACACCGUCAAAGGAUGUGGGGGACAGUCAGGUUGUUGAGACACCUGCCGCUUCCCGCGAUGAGGUGGAGAAGGACUGCCAGUCGACAGAACAAGGAAACAAGAUUGAAGAAAUCGCUACCCCCUUGACUAUCGAGUCUCAAGCACAAGAUCUGGUCCCCGCCAUGAACAAUGACAUUUCGGAUGAAGACCUGGCUUUGUACGGGAUCACCAGUGACGGCAAGCAGCUGAGCUGCACGGAAUCAAUACUUGCACAAAACCCAAAGACUACGCUGGCAGCAUUAACAUCCGAAUCCACGAAGAGCACGGAGGCCGAUCUUGAGCCAGAGAUCGUUGAGCCGGUCGCCGGGGCAGCAGAAACUUCAGACAGAGGCGACGAGACUUCCAGGUCUAAGGAGACUACAUCGGAGCCUCAGUCAGUAUCAGUUACCGCUACAGGCAUUGCACCAACAGACGUUAUGGUAGACACAGGUGUCACCGCCAAUACAACUGCGACUGCCGAAGGCGACUCUGAAAGCCCUCCUAUCCCUGCGACCAAUCUAGACGUCCCCGUGCAAGAAAACCCGAGCUCGGAUGCACCGGCGAUAGUCGAAGAGGCCGCAAGCGUGGAGGCCAAGUCGGCUGCCAGCCAUGCAGAUGCCGCCCCCGAAAUUGCGUCUGAGCCUGCUGAAGAAGACCCUGAGCCUACAACCUCCGUCAUCGAACCCGGGCCAGUUGAUAAACCGCACGAAGAUCCUGACUCUGACACCAAGGCGGAGCUCGGAAAGGGGGAGAAGACGGCUGAUCCUGACACUCCGGAAAGUUCUGCUCUUGUAGAAGAAAGCGUGCCCCCUGAAACAUCAUCUGCAGAGGCUACUACCAAGACCACAGAGGUUGACCCGGCAGCUGAUUCCGAGCUUUCGAAAGAGGAAACAACUGCAAUUAUGGACCCAAAGGAUUCAAUCGAACCUCUUGAGGUUGGUUUCGAACCUGUACCUGAUCUGGCUUGCACUGAGCAGCCGGCAUCUCGUUCACAGGCAACUGAGCUCGAGGAUUCCUCCGCCGAAACCAAGCCUGAAGUCGAGGACGAAGAGAACGCUACCAAAGAAUUCGGACCCGACUCGAAGGUUGUGGGAGAGCCUAGGCCUGAUGUUGUCGAGGAGCACGAAAUCAUUCCUAGCAAUGAACCCGGUUCUGAGCUGUCCGAGUGUGAGCUCAAGCUCGCCAACGAAGAAAGUGCGGCAGUAGCAAUCAGUCAGCCUACCGAGGCUGCUGGCUCUUCCCAGGCUUCCACUGAGAAUACCCCAAUUGAUAUCCCCGAGGAGUCUGAAGUAACUCUGUCCACUGGAGACGAACCCGAGCAGAGCAAACAACCCGAGACAGAAACAACUACUCAGGUCCUUGGAGCGGACACCAGCUCUGAAGAGCCUGAAGCUGAAGGUAUCGAACCUGGAGAGCCUGAGGCUCCAACGACCAUGUCUGAGGUCGUUUCCGAAACCCCGGACGUAGCCGACGAACCGAAACCAAAAACAUCAGUUGAGGAACUGGAUGAGAGUGGACUCUCCAAAGAAAUAACCCCUGAAAGUGUCGAGGGGACCGAGCCUGGGCCAUUAAAGUCAGACAUCACGACAGCUGAGCCAGCGGAAGCUUCCGGAAAGGAAGCGCCAGCAGAGACGCCGAUUGCGGUUUCAGAUCUUGAAGCGAAAGAGCUGGCAAAUGAGCCAACUGCCACUGAUGGUCAAGCUACGUCGCCAGCAGAAGCUUCCGGAGACGUUGAGCCUGAGAAACCCAGUGAUGACCAAGCUGAGCCCGAGUCUGUAGAGGCAGCUCCGGCUGUUGUCGAACAGGGGUCUGAACCUGCCACAACCCACCCAAGUUCCGAGCCAGAGGUCUCGUCCUCCGAUGACUUGAAGGUGGCGGAUGCUCCCACCAUCGACUUGGUUCCAGAGGGCGCACUAACCGAAGUUCCACAGCCAAAUAACGAGGCGGAAAGUACGUCAAACGACACAGCUCAGGAGCCUGAUGUAGUCGUUGAGCCACCAGAACCAGCAGUCGAAGAUGAAAAGCCAGCUUCUGAACCCGAGGCACAGACUGCAGCCCCUCAUGAGUCUGAAGAUGUCCAGGCGAUUGAGGAAGAGCCGUCCUCUCAAGGGGACAGCUCAGCUCAACCCAAGGCAGAGGUGGUUGAAGAAGACAGUACCAAGACGCCCAAGGAUGCUGAGGCCGCGACUCAAGAAGACAAGCCCGCUACUGAGGUCAUCGAGGACGCGCCCAAGCCAGGGGUCCCCCCUAAGGAACCUGACAAUGGCGAGCCCAUUGACACAGCGUCGGCUCCUGAUGACGCAGCCCAUGUAACGGAACCUGAAGUUUCUACUGCCGUAUUGCCUCAGGAGACAGAAGGACCGACUGGUAACACUGGGGGUGUCGAGCCUCCUGGAGGCGCGGUUCCCAGCCCAGAAGCGGCCGCGCCCCAAGAAGAAUCGUCCAAGGAGCCUCAGGUUGGCGAGACUGCGGAUCCGACCGAUGCGGCGCCACCAACCCCACCACCCGGAGUUGAUGAAGACAAAAAGGCUGAAGCGGAGGAGGGCAAGGACUCUGUUGGUCCCAUCAUCGGCAGCGAACAGACAAAGAGUCAACCCAAAACAGGUGAGACCCAUCUCCAUUUCCUUGAUCAUGAUGCCCCAAAUGGAAGCGUGCGAGACGUGGUCGAAGGACCAGCUUCGGGAAUCAAUGGUGAGGACGUGAGAGAUGGGAUUGCGCACAAUCUCUCAACUCCAGCUGCGGGCAACGUGUCGGGACAUGGUGCCCCCGAAUGUGUGGCGGGUCAAGAAAUGGCGGUGAUUCCUGCCCUUGACACAGCCGUCGGAGAAAGCGAUGUUGUCAUCGGUCGAGUCGGCCAUGUCGAGACCAAUACCCUGGGCGACGAACAACCGUUUUCUGUCCUUGCCGCAGCGCCUGAGGCGUCAGAGAGUUUCCCAGGUGAAUCCGUGGAUUUGCCGCAAACCCCAAUCGGGCCGGACAGUAGCUACGAGGUGGACUGCACCACGACAGAUCUUGCAACAGACGGCCCGAAAGGCAGUACAAAUGCUAGUCAAAGGGAAGAGCCCGACAUUGUCACGACUACGGUUGAUGACGGAAAGCUCGAUCUCCUGCAGGACGGAGAUCAACCUCUCGCAGAGUCGGUUCUCGCAUCAGACAAAGAACAGCCCUCGGACCAGCUUUGUUCUCAGGAUCAAACCUCUACGGGUGCUGGGCCUGAUUCUGAUGUCUCAACAGAGACGACAGCCGAAGAAGUGGCGAUGUCGACUGCCCAGCUGUCAGGAUCGCCCAUUCCUGUAGCCCGUGGGGACACUAUCGCCAUUGAAGACAUCGUGGCGAAAGACAUCGAGACUGAGCAGGACGCGUCUUUUUCGAUGGGCUGGGAAUCAGGCCUGCAGCGCAGUGGCGAGUCGGCCACGGAAAUCUACCCAUCUGAGGAGCCAGCGCCGAAGUUCGCAACUCUCACGGAAGAGGACGAUCACGCCCACAGCGAUGAUGCUGAGUCUGUUGAAGGGCAUCAUCAAUCGCUUGUGGAUGAAGAGACCCUAGCCAAUACGGGUGAUGGGACGCAGUGGCCUGCAUCUGAUUUGGCAGACACAUUGGCUGUAGCUCCAUCCUCGGUUGGUGAGCCUAUGAUUGACGUCUCAUCUACGCUAAAAGCUGCUGAAGAGAAUCGUCCUUCGCUUGUAAACGAAGACCUGCCCAUCUCGGAAGGCGGACUACUCAGUGAGCCGGUUGUGUCCGUCGUUGACGACGCUCAAAGCCCAAGAAACCCCAAAGAACAUAUUCUAGUCCUGCCAACCGACACUGAGGAUGACAUGGAUGCUGCAGCAAGACUUGAAGACAUCAAUGUUCCCGAAGAGAUCAACAAGAAUGGGGAGGCAGAGAGGCACACAUAUCCCGAGGUUGAGGCCCUUCCUGACGACUCUGGGAGUCUGGAGCAGCCUCUUCAAGAGCCAAAACAAAUGGCUGGCGACGUCGACAUUAGCAGCGUAUUCCAUAAUACGGCAACUGCUGCUGUAGUCACAGCGGGAGCCGCGGGUCUAGUCGCAUCUGCUCCUGUAUUCUGCGACGAUCAGCCAUCCCGUGAGCAGACCCUGGAGACGUCCUCUAUCGCACAUCGUGCAUCCUCUGACAAGUUGACCCAAACUCUAUUUGACCAGCCAAUGUCAAUGUCAGGCGAGAGCUUUGAGAGGCAGAACGUCGACGAGGUUGUUGACAUGACGGCUUCAGCCUUGAAGUUACCCUCCGAGCCUGAAAACUGCCAUGCGUCACAGUCGCCAGGCAAACCUGACAAUCUCAUUCUUUGUGACGAGGGCACUCAAACGGAUGACUCCUUCUUGAACUCUCAACUCCGCCCUCUCACACCCCGGCUGGACGCACCAUCACGAGCGGCAACGCCUGCCAUUGUCUUGCCGGACGCAACCGAACCUACGCCUCCUAUUUCACCAUCGGGCAGGCAGUGGGAGAGAAUCAGGAGACGGGAACGUAAGCAAUCUAUUGCUCGCGCCGAGGAAAUGGUGGCUGCCGCCGUAGUUCUGUAUGCGACGGCGGAAGUUCUCAGCCCGCCAUCGAGUCCUACACUGGGAAGCUCUAAGCCGAACCCGAGGCACAAUCUGCAGAGCAUCGAGCACCAGAUGCUGGAUGACCCUAUUUCGGACAAAGACAGUCUCACACGCAUCGAAGCAUCCGCUUCUGAUCUUGGGAAGGAAGAAGAACUUCAAAAGUCUGUUGCUGACCUAUUUGCAGACGUUGCAGAUGACAACAAAGAAGCAGACUCUUCUCAUGAUCGUGAAAGACGUCGCAGGCACCGAGUCUCUCACCACUCGUCCCAUCAAUCCAGCCACCACUCCAGCCGUAGCCGACCUGAGGACUCGAGUAAGGAUGGCAGUAGCCGCCGCCACUCACACCACUCGAGUUCAUCCCACCGCCGGCAUCGCACUGAUGCCGAACGCGAGCAUGACCGUCAACGUGACCGAGAGCGUUCGAGUCGAUCGACUGCGGACGCCGAUCCCCAGACGCCACCGCGCACUCCUCAACGCCAGGAUAGCGGCUUCUCCGCAGAAAGCCCUCAGACGACCGGCUCCGCCCGCCGACGGCAUCGCAGCGAGCGCACCCCUGAAGAACAAGCCGCCCACGAGAGAAGAAAGGAGGAGCGGCGAGCACGCGAACGUGCCGAAGAGGAACAGGCAGCGCGCGAAAGGAGAAGGGAGGACAGACGGGCACAUGAACAUGCUCAAGAGGAUCAGGCUGCGCGCGAUCACAGGCGAGAAGAGCGGCGCGAGCGGACCCCGGAAGAGCAGGCGGCGCACGAGCGGAGAAAGGAGGAGCGCCGGGCUGCACGCGAGAGGGAGCGAGAGUUGGAGAGAGGUGAAGAGAGGCGCAGAGAGAAGGAGAAGGAAAGGUCACGCAGCUCGGCAGUCAAGGAGAGCAAGGGUAAGGAACCCGAGAUUGACGCGUCGUCGCCCGCGGAGCGUGCCCACCACCAUCGCCGAGUGCGACGCCACAGCACUUCAGUUUCAAAGGACGAAGGGCCCGCCUCGGCGCCUGCAACUGUUUCGAACAAGAAGUUCUUCGACAUGAAGAAUGCUGAAGGCGGUGUAGGGCUGGGCUUCCAAAGCCCGUCAUCCCACGCGAAGCCGGCAACGCCUGAGCAAGCCCCAACGGUGACAUUUGAGGAAGCUUCGCCUUCUUCACGUGAGGUGCCUAAGCGGUCGAGCACUACCCGCUCUCGGCAUGGGCACGGGCACAGGUCUCGCACGGAGGACCUGUCCAAACUAGCGCGAGCUCGAGACGCCGUGGCCGAGGAGGCUCGCGAGGCUAAGGAGGCCAAGGAGGCCCGAGAAGCGCGGCGAGCAGCGAGGAGAGCGAGGGAGGAAACUGCUGCUUCUGAGGAAGGGUCUAGCACCAAGGGCGAAGACUCGCGGAGGAGGGCGAGGGAAGAGGAGCGGAAGAGGACGCGUGACCGUGAUAUCGAGAAGGAGAAGGAGAGGGAGAAGAACGGGUUCAGGGCCGCGUUCAAGCGGCUCUUCACAUCAUGA